CUUGGGACCGUCUUGCCUGCCCUCGCCCCGCUUCCUCCGGGGUAAGGCCCCCCACUCUUCUUUUUCCCCGUGGCUUCGGCGGAAGGGGAUUCUGUUCUGGUUUGCAGUUCCAUGAGAACUUAGCAGAAAUACAUUCAUAAUGCCAAAAAGAAAUUGUAAAUUCACGCCUGAGUUACAGGCCAAAUUUCCCUUCUUCAAGAAUGGUCGAGAUGAGAGCGAGGCUGAGUGCACCAUAUGCAAGCCUGGAACGUUUGUGUCUGUUGAACGUGAAGGUGCUAUGGAUUUGCAGGACCAUGUUGAAUCAGACAAGCACAAGAAGGCUGUUCGGGGAGAGAGUUCUUCCACCAAAGUGACUGAUUUCUUUGUAAAACCAGGAAUCAAAUCUGAGGAUGCAGUCUCUGCAGCGGAGAGUAUGCUGGCCUUCCACACUGUAAUGCAUCACAGCACUUUUACAGCAAUGGAUUGCGCCUCUGACUUGUGGAAGACAAUAUUCCCUGACUCAAAAUUAGCCCAGAAGUCCUCAGGUGCUCGCACCAAGGCAGUUGUGAACUCUGUGCUUGCACCGCAGUCUGUGGAAAGUGCCCUACAAGCAUUUAAGGAGUACAACAUACCAUUCUGUGGAGUCUCAACUGAUGGACGGGGGAGUGGUGCAGUGAAAAUAUUUCCUGUUAUAGUCCAAUAUUUUGACUGGAAGAAUGGGGGUUUGCAGUCCAAACUCAUUGAAGUGAAGAACAUAUCUAAUGAGAUAGCUGAUACAAUUGCCCAAUAUGUGACGGACACUUUGAAGAAGAAUGGCUUAUUCGAGAAGUGCAUUGCAUUCACAGAUGGCAACUGCAAUACCAUGUGGGGUGGACUACAGCAUGAUGAGGAACAGAGUAAUGUCCUUGCAAACUGGAAAAGGCUGUUGCAGAAGACUACUCUGAUUGGUGUGGGUAGCCCAACACACAUUUUGGACAAUUGUUUGCGUCACGGGGCAUACAGGCUUGAUGUGGGAGUGGAGCUUAUUAUUUUUAAAAUAUACGAGUACAUCAACAUUUAUGCUGUGAGAACUGAGAGUCUGAAGGAGUUCUGCGAGUUUGUGGACAUUGAAUGCAGAAAGCUGCCUUUUGACAUUAAGGCACCGUGUCUGUCCUUAUUCUCUGGGAUAACAAGGUUACUGCAGGUGUUUCCGGCCUUGAAGUCUUUCUUUCUCUCUCUGAGCGAUCCACCUCCUAUGCUCAAGAAAUUCUUUGAGGAUGACUUCAGUGAGAUCUACCUGUGGCAUUUGCACUCACUCAUGAACGUGUUCCAAAUACACAUCAAAGAAAUUGAACGUGAAAACAACUCUGUGGUGGAAGUGCUGAAAUGCUUGGACUCUGUUAGCUACAUGCUGCGUGAACGCAAGGUCUGCAACUUCAUGUCCCUGAAAGUCAAGACACUCCUGGAACAAAAUCGUGAGCAGGGACUUGCUGCACAGUGUGACUCAUUCUGUGCCCAAGUGGAAUGUCUGUACACCACAUGUAUUGAAUAUCUAGAGGUGUGGAUGAGACCCCUGGAAGAGUUCUCUAUAUUCAAGUGGAUUGACUUGACUGAGACACCAAAAUGGACUGAUGUAGAGUCUGCUGUUAAAUACUUAAUAGAGAAGGGAGUGCUGAUAGAUGACUCCAAGUGCUUUGAUCAAUUUGUGAAUCUGAAGAAAUUUUUGGAAAGUUUGUGUGAAGAUGCAGACUUCAAAAACUUGAUGGCACAUCAGAAAUGGGCUAAAUAUUUUCAGAGGUCCAAAAAAAAUUCCUUCCACUCAGAACUGUUGAAGAUUGCACAGUUCUUAUUUGCUAUUCCCAUCAACAAUGCUAAUGUGGAGCAUGUUUUCUCUCUAAUGGAAAGCCUGUGGACAGAGGAAAGCCUGUGGACGGAGGAAAGCCUUUCAGUGUCUGUGGAGACAUUUAAAGGGAUUCUACAAGUGCAGUACAAUUACAGGCAAACAUCUUGUGAGGAAUGCCACAGGGAAUGACCAGAAAACACUCCACAUCUGAAUAGCCAGUGUUGUGUGCCAGGACAGCAAAAAAGAACAAUGUAAAGUGCCACAAAGAAAUUUGUACAGCAACUAAAAAUAAAUGUUAAUUUCAGAUACAUUGAAUGUCUUACUUGUUCUUUAUUUAAGUGAUUUUAACAUUAACAUAUUGUGUAGAAAAGUUUUGUCUUAAUUGUGAGCUGUAGAAUCAGACAUGUGACCAAGGCCAUGUUGGGGUGGGUACACCCCCUUGGAGGCUGGCCAUGUUGGUGUCCUCUUUUUUUUGUUUCCAAAAUAUGGUCACCCUAGUUUAUUGGUCCUUUGUUUUAAAUUUAACAAUUUUAAUAUGCUGUUUUAUUCCUAUGUGCACUGUUCCAGAAUCUAUUUUAGAUAUGGAGUGGUAUAUAAAUAUUAUAAAUAAAUAAAAUGCUCAAAACAG